CCAACUCUCAAGAAUCUCCCCCACUCUUCUCUAUUUCCCUCUUUACUUUCCCUCAUUUCUCUUUGCUCUUCCUAAGCCCCCUCCAUUCUCUAUACUCCUUAUCUUUUUUAUCUUCCAAACUACCAAUGUCUCCACUUAUGACCCUCUUAACUUUCACCAUCCUGUCAUUUCUUUUGAAUGAUGUUGCAGUGAUCAGCAGUGCUGGUGUUAGUGCUGCAGAUUCCGCGGUCCACGGAGAAAAGGAAACCCUCCGGUUGAGCAAACUGGAAUGGAAUUAUCACAGGAUCAGCAACAACCAUCCAAGUUUGUUGUCUCUGGAAACAAGGACAGAGAGAGGGGCAAUUAUUUUAGAAAUGCAGCACAGAGAUAACUUGUUAAAGCCUAUUCGUGACUGGAACCAAAGGCUUCAAAAGCACCUUAUUGAUGAUGAUAUCCGUGUUCGUUCAAUUCAGUCUCGAAUUAGAAAGAGGGUAACUGGUAAAUCACAAGUGGUUUCAGAAGCUGAGAUUCCCAUCACUUCUGGUGUCAAGCUUCAGACUUUAAAUUAUGUUGUUACAGUUAAUUUGGGUGGUGAAAACAUGACUCUGAUUGCGGACACGGGGAGUGACCUGACAUGGGUUCAAUGCCAGCCUUGCAAAUCAUGUUAUGAUCAACGAGAGCCUCUCUUCAACCCCUCUGUAUCUCAGUCAUAUCAGUCGGUUCCUUGUGGUUCCUCCAGCUGUAACUCCCUACAAUUUGCCACGGGAAAUUAUGGGAUAUGUGGAACCAAUCCUCCAACAUGUCAAUACGUUGUCAACUAUGGUGAUGGUUCAUACACUCGUGGAGAGCUUGCCCGUGACAGCCUCCUCCUUGGAAACACACCGGUUAAAGAUUUUGUAUUUGGCUGUGGACGGAACAAUAGAGGCCUGUUUGGAGGAGUUUCAGGUCUUAUGGGUCUUGGAAGGAGUGAUCUUUCAUUGGUUUCUCAAACUUCUGGUACAUUUGGAGGACAGUUUUCCUACUGUCUGCCUGUAACACAUGCUCAGGCGUCGGGCUCACUAACUCUAGGCGGGGAUACUUCAGUUUACAGGAAUUCUACACCGAUUACUUACACUAAUAUGGUUCAAAACCCGCAGCUCUCAACUUUCUAUCUAUUAAAUCUUACUGGAACUACUAUAGGCGGGGUAGCUUUACAGUCUCCAGCUUUUGGUCAAGGUAACAUACUGAUUGAUUCAGGGACAGUGAUUACGAGACUCCCUCCAUCGAUUUAUAGUGCUGUGAAGGCUGAGUUUCUCAAGCAAUUCACAGGGUAUCCUCAGGCGCCAAGAUUCUCAAUAUUAGACACUUGCUUUAACCUUUCUGGAUAUGACGAAGUUAACAUUCCUACGAUGACUAUGAAUUUUGAAGGCAAUGCUGAGUUAUCUGUGGAUGUGCAAGGGAUUUUCUAUUUUGUAAAGACGGAUGGAUCUCAAGUCUGUUUGGCCCUCGCAAGCCUCAUGUAUGAAGAUGAGAUUGGGAUUAUAGGAAAUUACCAGCAAAAGAACAAUAGGAUUAUAUACAACACUGCCGGGUCGACACUGGGUUUUGCAAAAGAAACUUGCAGUUUCAAUUAGUUCACAUAGAUAGUGACUGAAGGUGAAGAAGAGGGUUAGUCGUUGGGAAUACAUUUCUGCAAAGAAACACGACAAACUCCUUCGCUAUGGGGGAUAUUAUUAGGAGUCAAUUUUUAUUUUCGGGCACCAAAAUCUGAUCUGGGAUUACGCCAUAGAUUAGUAAAUUUAGUUUGUUAAUUUGAAGAAUGUUGUCUAAAUGUGUUGUACUCAUUCUGUCUGCAGAGUGUGUGUGAACUAAACUGUAUAUUCACAUGUUAAUAAUAUAUUUUAUUUAUCUAAAA